AUGAUAAAAAAAACUGAAAAUAAAUUACUAUUUAAUAUCUCGCAGUAUACCGAUUAAUAUUACCUAAAAUUCAUAAUUAAAUUCCUAUCAUUUAUUUUAGUAUUUAUUAAAAAUAUAUCUUGUUAUUAAACGUUCUAUUAUCGUCCUAUCUUCAAGUAUUUUUAGUAAAAAACACAUGAAUAUCUUUAAAGUUCUAUAAACAAAUAUUUAUUUAUUAAUUUACAAUUUUAAAGUAAGCUCUGGCAAAAUAAAGGAAGAAGAAGUAAGGUAAGGUACAGAAAAAGAAAAAAAAUCUAAAUUUAUUAAAAUAAGAAUUUUCAAAAAAUUAAUCAAAUCACAGACACAGAUAUUUAUUUAUUUAAAGCUACUUUUACUAAGUAAAUACAGAAUCACUUAACAAAAAGGAUACAAGCUCAUCAUAAUAAAAAUUAUUAACUUGCUUAGUUCUAGCAAAAAAUGUUUGCUUCUGUUAUACUUUUAUUUAAGUAGUAUUAUUAAAAAUAUUGA